AUGUACGGAGAGAGCGAGCUGCCCGUGUGGGCGAACACCGUUCACUGUGAAGGAAACGAGUCGCAGCUCCGAAAUUGCAGCACAUUUACACUGAAUCAGACACCUAACGACAGCAUCGGUGUUGGAGUCAUGUGCUCAGACCAUCUCCAAUUACGGCUGUCUGGGGGUGGAAGUACAUGUGCUGGACGAGUGGAGAUUUAUUACAAUGGGUCUUGGGGCACAGUUUGUGAUGACUCCUGGGAUCUGGACGACGCUAACGUGGUCUGCGGGCAGCUAAGAUGCGGAUAUGCUGUGGAAGAUAACAUUCCGGGAUUCUGUGGACGAAGUAAAGGCCAAAUUUGGUUGGAUGAAGUAAGAUGCUCGGGUAACGAAUCAUACCUCUGGAACUGUUCCUCCGCACCGUGGGGUCGGCACGAUUGCAGUCAUAAGGAAGAUGUGACAGUGAAGUGUUCUGAACACAAAGAGAUGCGCCUGGUGAACGGAGGCCGGCGGUGUGAAGGGAGAGUGGAAGUGUGGUACAACGGGACAUGGGGAACAGUGUGCACCGAGAAGCUCUCUACAGUGGAGGCGGAAGUGAUCUGUAAACAAUUAGAAUGUGGACCCCUCGAAUCUAUGGUAUAUGACGUCAGGAAAUAUGGACAAGGUUCUGGGCCAAUAUGGAUCGAUGAGAUGAAAUGUAGCUCGCACGAGUCAGCCCUUUGGCAGUGCCAAUUUGACCCUUGGGGGCAACACAACUGUGACCACAGGGAGGAUGCAGGCGUUUCAUGUAAAGGUAACACACAAUUGCGGGUUGAUGGCGGCAGCAACAAUUGCGCCGGAAGGGUUCAGUUAUUGUUCAACAACAGCUGGGGAACGGUGUGUGAUGACUCCUGGGAUCUCGCCGAUGCCAAUGUCGUCUGCAGACAGUUGGGCUGUGGCUCUGCUCUUUGGACUCCAGGAACGACAAUCAUUGCCCCGGCCUCAGGUGAUAUCUGGCUGGAUGAAGUGAAAUGCACGGGAAGUGAAUCAUUCUUGUCCCGUUGUCUGGCUUCACCGCUCGGUCAACAUGACUGUGAUCACAAGGAAGAUGUCUUUGUCACCUGUUCUGGAAUUUCAAUUUCAGGAUUGGGAACGAAGCCGCUCUACCUGGAUUUUCAGCUUCGCACAACUCUCGGAAUCUUCAUUAUCGCUGAAUUUGUCGCACUGGUCAUAAUUGCUCGGAGGCAAUCAGCAGGAAGAGGUGCAGAGAUGAGAGGCAGGGGCUUUGGCUUUUACGAAGCAAUUUAUGAAGAGAUUGACGAUACUAUCCCUGGAAACAAUUUCAAUCAGAUGGAAGAUUCAACAACGUUAUCGCAGUUACCCGAGUCGGAUAUCAAUGAGAUAAACAAUUGA